GAGCUGUAGUGCGGGCGGUGCCGGAGCCGCGGCCGCCAUGGCCCCCGGAGCAGCCCCGCUCCCGCUCCGGGCCCUGCUGGUGCUGCUGGCGGCCGCCGCCCGCCCCGCCGCCGCCUGGGACCUGUGGGGGCUGCGCUGCAGCUUCUCGGCGGACUGCGAGUGCGGCUUCGGGCCCGACCUGCGCGGUUUGGAGUUUGACUUGGCCACCAGCCUGGUGGGGCAGCCCCUGGUGAGGCAGCAGGUGAUGAAGGGGAUGAGGGAGUUCCUGAAGAACCCGAAUCCGGCGAAACCCCUCGUGAUGUCCUUCCAUGGCUCGACGGGAACAGGCAAAACCUACGUGAGCUCCAUGCUCAUCCGCUACCUCUUCCGGAGGGGGCUCCAGAGCCCCYAUGUUCACCACUUCUCCCCCAUAGUGCAUUUCCCUCACGCUGAGCACAUAGAGCAGUACAAGGAAAACCUGAAGCGCUGGAUCCAAGGGAACCUGACAAACUGUGGACGGUCAGCCUUUCUCUUUGAUGAGAUGGACAAGAUGCACCCAGGCCUGAUUGAUGUGAUCAUCCCGUUCCUGGGGCCCUCGUGGGUUGUGUAUGGGACCAACUACCGCAAAGCCAUCUUCAUCUUCAUCAGCAAUGCAGGAGGGGAGCAGAUCAACAACGUGACAUUGGCUCUGUGGCRUGCCCGCAAGGACCGGGAGGAGAUCAGCCUGCAGGACCUGGAGCCAGCCAUCUCCAAGGCUGUGUUUGAGAACCCUCAGAGUGGCUUCUGGAAGUCUGGGAUCAUUAAUGAUCAUCUCAUUGAUUUUGUUGUGCCUUUCCUYCCACUGAAGCACCACCACGUAAAGCAGUGUGUCAUCAAUGAGCUAGUCCAGCAGGGCCUUGAAGUACGCCAAGAUGUCAUCCAGGAAGUGGCUGACAGCAUCCCCUACUUCCCAGAAGACGAGAAAUUAUUCUCAUCAACAGGCUGCAAAACAGUGGCCUCUCGCAUCAGUUUUUUCUUCUAGUCACUGGCAAUGGCCUCCCUCAGAUCCAUAUGGAGCUAAAAAGCACCCAGGGCUGGUGGGAUGAGCUGUGGGAACAUUGUGUCCCUCUCCACAGCACAAGUGCUCUCCUGUGAACCCUCUCCAGCCCCAAGGAGGCCACUGCAGGAUGCAGCUGUGGGACCAAGUGCAAAUUAUGUGAUUUAAAGCACUUUACUGAUUCAUUCUUGGCCGGGUGAGGGUGGAUGYGCCACCUGAGACAUCUGUGAUGACAUGGGGAAGAUGCUGAGAGGGUCUGCAGUGUCAGGGAGGUUCUCACCCUGUCAACAGCACCCACCYGCAGCUCUCCCCACUUCUGGCAGCUGCUGAUACCCAGUACAUUAAGAUUCUGAGCCCACAGAAGAAUAUUUAUUUCUUACAGCAUUUUAACAGUUUUUUUUAAAAACCUUGUUUAGGCGUAACUAUGCCUCAGCUUCUCCAUACAAUGUGAGUGCUGGUGCUGACUUCUGUGAGCACCUCAACAUGGCAACAAACUUUUAUUGUCAAGGUUUUAGAGCCACCUUCAUUCCAUUUUCACUGUGAAUAGGUGCUGGUAAAGACCAUCUUCAACACCAAGUGGGGGGGGGUAAUUUGGGAGAGGGCAACACCUGAUCUGCCAUGAGCCAGGCUCCUCUAUCACCCCUUUAUCCAUCUUUCCCCUAAGGGCCAAAGGAUUUUCCUGCAGCAAACCAGGAAAACAACAACACUUCUUGUUUUACCAGCCAUUAAGAAAUUAAUCCUACCUCCAGGGGAGCCCACAGCACUGCUAACGGUUUAGAAAAUUCCUUUUAUUCAGUGAUGGUUUCUACAGCAGAGUUGGUGCUAUUGAGCUGUGGAGCCCCUUGUACAUUCUUCUGCUGGUCAGACCUUGCACACUUUGGCUGGGCCAGCACCCGUUCAGCUUCUGGGAAGUGUCACAGUUGGGGACUUGGGGAUCCAGUUAGAGAGGAUGAGUGUUCCAGACUGCCAAGCAUGGGAUGCACAGCCUGGCUUUUGCCCAGAUAUUAAUCUCUGUGCUGUURCAGAUUGAUAGGUCAGAGGAACCAGAGUCAUUCACUCGCUAGGAAUAAACUGCCCAAGGGAUGGGUGUAGGGACACUUCCCAAAGCUGCCGGUGCUCUGCUUGGUCCCUGUUCCGAAAUGAGCUGCCAGUGCCUGGGACCAUUCCAGCUCCAAGCCCUGAGCUUUGGGGAUUUUAGACACCACCCAAAGGCUGCCCAGGAGCUGGCCCAAAGACAGAGGCAAGAAUUYUGCCUCUUCCAAAAAUAUUAUGCAUUUCUAAUAUUAUAAUAAAUCUUUUAUGAAACAAA